AUGCUUUUUUAAAGUUCAUAUAUUCCAAAGUAACCCUUAUACUCUGAGAAAAAGAACCUUUAAAAUAUAGUGAAUAUGGUUAUAUUCCAUUAUUAUCAGAAACAGAUGAUUAUCGUGAAUAAUUAGUAGAUUUACCAAUAGAUAAUGAAUGGAGGAAUAAUAAAAUAAGAAAUUCUAUAAUAAAAUCAUCUUUAGUUAAAGUAAAUGGAAUCCAUUUAUCUACUUUCUUCACCAAAAGUAAUUAGCUAUUUUGAGCAAAAAAUAUAUACAAUAAGAUAAUAAAUUCAGUCUUUAUAAAUAAUGGGUCAAUUCCUUUAUAAACAAGGAAUUUGGAGAAUGUAUGGAUCUUAUAUGCAAAAGGAGAAAUUAUUACUUUUAGAAUAAGUGAAAUUCGUAAUGAUACUGAUAUAGCUACUGAUGCAGAAACAGACAUUGAGGAUGUAAAUAUAAAAGUAUUUGUUCAAUUUACAAUAACUGCAUAUAUAUCUACUUAAGGAAUUUCAAGAUAAAAUAUUAAAUUAUCAUUUCUGA